ACAGGCAAACACCUCUCCUUCAAGUGAGCACCGACCCAAACCAGCAGGAAACAGGAAAUGUGCGCGCUGGAGGGAGGUCGGGGCGCCGCGCCGCAUCCUGACCGCACCGAGGCUCGCUGACAUGACCGCUGCCCGCGCCGCCCUGGUCUUCGCCCUGGGACUCGUCCCCGUCCGCCCGGGUAAUGGUGACGAAUCAGAAGAUACAUCUCUAUCCCCAGAAAACGAAGCCACAGCUGAAGAGACCACCUCAAGUGUGUUGACUACAACAACCCCAGAAACAGUAUCUGCAAAUACGACUUCUAUCCACAUCGCCGAGGACACAGAUCAGUUAGAGUUUAUAUUAAUGGUGUUGAUCCCAUUGAUUUCCUCGGUCCUCCUACUUUUAUUAGUGGCACUCCUUGUGAGGUACUGUAGGAGAAAGAGAACUAAACAAGAGCCUUCUAGCCAAGGAUCUCAAAGUGCUUUACAGACAUAUGAACUGGGAAGUGAAAACCUGAAAGUCCCUAUUUUCGAGGAAGACACACCAUCUGUCAUGGAAAUAGAGAUGGAAGAACUGGAUAAAUGGAUGAACAGCAUGAAUAGAAAUGCCGACUAUGAAUGUUUACCUACUUUAAAAGAAGAAAAGGAAUCAAACCACAACCCAAGUGACAAUGAAUCCUAAACCUGAAAGGUGCUGAUGUUGUCCAAGAGGAGUGGCCACUGAGGAAGCCCUCCUGUCCUGCCCACCGAGGAGGAAGAUGAACUUAAUGAAUUUCAAAUCUAUGUAGAUGCAAGAACCUUCGGCUGUUCCUUCUACCACCCACUCCUCUGACGAUGGCAGCACCUGGACUUGGAAGAAAGAACGAUUGAAAUGUGCUGAGAAAGGCUGGCUGCUGUCCAGCCCUGCUCCCAGGCUGGAGGAGUCCUGUGACACCUCGGCUUCUGAUGGGUGGGCACCCCUCCUGGCAGCCGGCUUGCAGCUGCCCUCACUCUGGCCACCCUUGCUAGGUCCUCCUCACCUGUCCUCAGGGUUUUCGUCAGGAAGCGGCUUUAUCUCUGGUUUCCUUCUGAGUCACCUUAUUACCUAACCACUUUGGACAGUGUCCUGUCAUUAUUCAAGUCCUCUGAUAGGUCAAUGGCGUUCAACAGGAACUGUCCUCCAGGACACUUAUGUCAUGGAAAAGACAUCAAACAAAGCAAGCAAGCGCUUCAAUGUCUCCACUGUCCCAAGGGUUGGAAAGCACAUUUCUACCUGCCAAGAAGAUGCAGUGAGAGAGUCCAUGGUCCUGAUGAGGUGUCGCCAGGUGACUUGUAGACUUGACUUGGCCACAUCCAAAUGACCCUUGGGGACUUCUCAGAAUCUCCAGAGAAAGAACCAAACCCGCACUUUGCUUCUCAGCUAAAGUCACCUCUACUUGGAGCAUUCCCCUAAAGCUCUUUCCCUUAUCUGUGAUCUACGGGCAGGGAAUAUGUGCAGGUGGGGACCUCUGUCACCCUUCUUCUUCUCCGAGAUCGAGAUCGUUGAGGUUAUUUGAAACAAACAGAUUAGGAACAGGAUAUAGUUGUACCUGAGGCUGGUGUUACUCAUCGAGCACAGCCUGCCUUCCUGCCGAGCUGGGACCAACCUCUUGUCCCUAACACAGUUCUCCACGAGGUCACUAUCAGUCCAUCGGAGAUGACAUUCUACGCGGUAUUUAUGGACAACCUGUUGCUGAAAGCAAUGGUGGAAAAUGGAGAAGGGCUCAUUGGCCAUUCCCUCAUCACGUAAAAUCAUCUUCAUCUAAUCCUUAGUGUUCUCAUUCUGACCUUUGAAAAGCCAUCUAGCAAAUUGAGAGGCCUCAGCUCUCCUAGGACAUUUGAUAUUUUAUUCCAGGAAAGAAACCAAGAAUGAAAACUUUAUUUAUUUUGCUAACAGCGUGUAAACUGAAAGGAGAUUUGAGGGUAACCAAACUUUUGCUGUUGAAUUUGGGGUCUGUGUUUGAAAGGCUGCCUUAAUGCAAAGUGAAACUCCUCCACACCUGACUUUUAGGGUUCCUUUAACAAAUUUCUUGCCUUUAGAGCUAUGCAGAUUUUUAUUUUUACUUUUGGUACCAGGGAUGGAACCCAGGGCGCUUAAACACUGAGCCACAUCCCCAGCCCUUUUUUAUAUUUUAUUUAGAGGCAGGGUCUUGCUGAGUUGCUGAGGCUGGCUUUGAACUCAUGAUCCUCCUGCCUCAGCCUCCUGAGCCCCAGGGAAUACAGGUGUGCACCACCUUGCCCAACCUUAUGCAGAUAAUUUUAAAGGCUGGGUUCCAAGCCAGCGAGGUCUCUAUACAAUGAGGCAUCAGUGUCUGGUUUGUUUGAGCCCUGAAGUCAUGUGUCCUGGGACCAUGCAGUGCCUUGAUAAAAGACAGUCUUCUUUGUGGGUUAUAACUUAAUAGAUUUGUCUGUCAUCCUCUCAUUAGCACAUCCUAUGUGACUUUUUGUUUUCGUUGCUGUUUUGCAUAUUCAUAAUCAACUUAUGGUCCAUGGUGAUUCUCAGAUAUUUAUGCCAACAUUGCUGUUUUCCAGAUCAUCACACAACUUGUCUAUUUUUCUGCUUAGCGUUGUUACUUCAAGUUUGUUUCUCAUGAACCCGUUGGAUUCUUAGAAGAGAUUCAAUUUGCUUUUUGCUCUCUUUAGGCAUCUAAGAUCUUUGCUAGGCACUCAGUCCUCUAACCUUGAUUGAACCCUAUCAAAUAAUGAACUGAGAAGUUCUGAGAAGUAUAACGGAUCCUGGAAUCUCACUUGGAUGAAGCAAAAUCUUAUGAGAUGAUAAAAACACUUCUCAAAAUUUGGCAUUUUAAAUAACUUCAGAUUCCAGAAGAUACAAACUUCAGCAACAUGUAAUUGAGUGUAUAUCUGAGAAAUGUACUGACCUCUAUAAUUGCACAGUGUGUGAGGCACUUUUUAAAAAGAGGUUCUUCUGGUAAAGUAUUCAAGCCAUUAAUCCUAGCACCCUGCAUCUCUUUAUUACUAUUCAAUCAAUGUGUAUCCUUAACAAUUCCAAGAAUUGCUCUUAACCUCAAACUUAAUUUUAUGUUUCAGAUUAUUACUUGUAAAAAAAAAAGUCAUUAAUCUGCUCUAAUUGGAUAGCCAAUAA